UCCUUUUGACCAAUCAGGUCCAAAGCUUGAAACGGAAGUUGGAUGCGCGUUGGUCACAAACGGUAAACAUUCGCACCCCCAAGCCUUAAGAAAAUACCAUAAAUUGCGGAUAUUUAGUAGAAGUCCUUCUGGCUUGGCAUGAAACACAACUCUAACGUCCCGGCUUUCCUCACCAAGUUGUGGACGCUGGUCGAGGAUGCAGAGACCAAUGAACUUAUUUGCUGGAGUCAGGAGGGUAAUAGCUUCCUGGUGCUGGAUGAGCAGCGGUUUGCCAAGGAGAUGCUUCCAAAGUUCUUCAAGCACAACAACAUGGCCAGUUUCAUCAGGCAGCUUAAUAUGUAUGGAUUUCGUAAAGUGAUGCACCUUGACCAAGGCAUUGUCAAGCAAGAGCGAGAUGGUCCUGUAGAAUUUCAGCACCCUUACUUCAAACAUGGACAAGAUGACCUGCUAGAGAACAUCAAGAGAAAGGUCUCAAACACUCGUCCUGAGGAAAAUAAGAUUCGGCAAGAAGACCUGUCCAAGAUCCUGGCAAGCGUUCAGAGUGUUCACAGCAAGCAGGAAAACAUCGAGGUCACGCUAACAACAUUGAAGAGGGAGAAUGAAGCUUUGUGGACAGAGAUCUCUGAUUUGAGACAGAAGCAUGCCCACCAGCAACAACUAAUUAAAAAGCUGGUACAUUUCAUUGUCACAUUGGUACAGAACAACCACGUGCUGAAUUUAAAGCGCAAAAGGCCAAUUCUCAUGAACAGCAACGGAAAGAAGCCGAAAUAUUUGCAUGAAAUCUACGAUGACAAAGUUUGUGUAGAGCAGUCACCUGUCAGCAGUCGGAAUAAUGUUAAGGUCUCUGAAGCAUUAGAUGUCAUCAUUUGUGACCUCUCAGAAAACGAUGUAGAGAGAGCGACCGAUAUCACAGUUGAGUCGCCCAGAAAUGAGUCAAGUGAUGUCGAAAUAGUGGAACUAGAUUUGGACGCCUGCCCAGUAAUGGAAGCUGAGGUUGAGGCCAGCACAAUCUGCAUAGAUGAUGUCAAAGAGGAUGCGGUUGUGGGGCACCAAAGGAUUGACACAUUGGACUGCAGCCGACCAGCCAACAGCGCUCUUCAACUUAAUAAAGCAUCUGGGCUUAAUCUGGAAGACCCUGUAAAGAUGAUGGACUCCAUACUGAAGGAGAAUGGAGCUAUCUCACAAAAUAUUAACCUCUUGGGCAAGCUGGAGCUGAUGGACUAUUUGGACAGCAUUGACUGCAGUCUAGAGGAUUUUCAGGCCAUGCUUUUUGGAAAACAGGGCAUUGAUGUUAAUUCUUUUGAGGAGAGUGCGUCCUCGAAACAAAUCCCAGGACAACUACAUAGGAGCAAGCAGGUGGAAAAGAACAUAGACAAGCAGUUGAUCCAGUACACUUCGUGCCCCCUGUUCGCCUUUCUGGAUGGUUGUGCUGCACCUGCAGAAGUAGACAUGGGUGGAGGGAGCAGCAUCCAGGUAGAGCUUUCCUCCAGCUCGCCUGGCUUUGUUGAGCCAGAUCCCCCCUCUGAGCUGCUGGACAGCGAAGUGGAGUUUAAGCAACAUGGCCGCAGCUCCCUCAUCCGCCUGGAGCCCCUUACGGAGGCUGAAGCAAGUGAAGAGACCCUUUUCUACUUGUGCGAACUGAGUCCUCGUGGUCAGGAGGCCAUCGGCCCUGAGCUGGAUGGCAUUUGAGCAGCGAGGCAACUGUGCUAUUUGUCCUUUCUACUCGUGGGAUCCAUCUUGCUGCAGUUUGUGCCUUCGAGGCUUUACACUGAACCAGUUCUGAAAAGAUAAAAUAAGCUGAAUUUGAAUAAUUGCUGUACGAUAUAUGAGGCUUUCUUCCCAUCUGUCAAAGAUUGCACUGCUCAUUCUAAAAGUUACAUCAGCAUACAAUGAUAAAUUCUGUUAAUUGUCACUUUUGUUCCAUGCAGUACUUGUACUACAUUACUAGAAGCUUAUCAUCCUCCUAUCUUGUGACAACUUUUUGCAAAGCACAGUCCACAAUCUGAGGGCAUUUUUUCCGUUACAAAAUUGUGCUUACCUUGUAGUUUGUAAAGGGAACUCUUUCCUGUUCAAGUUCAUUGUAUGUUUUUUUAUGGAUUUUUUUUUUUUUUUACUCCAUUUUUUCCAUUUAAUGUCAAAAUGUCUGGUACAAACUGUAGAUGGUAGAAAUGUGCAGACACACCUUCGCAGCAGGUCAAAAGACAACAGACCACUAGUGUUAUGUGACUCUAACGGUAUUUUCUUUUUUUAAUUAGUAAAUAGACUAAAUAAAUCUAUUUAUUCUUUUUUUUUCCAGUUUAGUUCCAGAUCUUAGAAAACAUCAUUCCUGGUGUUCGGCAUUAUGGUCAGGCUCACUUGAGUUCCCUUUGGUUUGUUUUUCCUCAACAUUCUUGACAGCUUGAACAAAGCUCAUUGAGUCUGUAAUUCAUCCAAAACAAGUUAUUGAUUCGGUUGUGAUUCUGUAGCAUUGCUGUAUUUUCAAUGCUAUCGUCAUGCAUGUUUAAAUUACAGGGCUGUGUAAGAUUUGCGAUCCAAUAAACAAAUGAGCUGCA